UCCGAGCAAAGGUGAAAUGUCAUCAUGAAGAACUGAUAUAAUUUAUAUUCAUAUGUUAGGGUGAGCCACAUGUCAAACUAUUGAUAUAAAUAUUUUCUUUCCGAAGUUCGAAAGCAGUUUUGCUCCUUGAUCAAGGAGUUUCAAAUGGCGUCGGUGGACUGUAAUAAUAAGAUAAAAAAUGACAAAGAUCUACCUCAACAGAAUGAAGAACAUACGGAGAUCUCAGUACCAUCUAUAUUAACAAGUAUAACGACUACUUUUCAAAGCACUGAUUCUCAAGUUAAAAAUGACUUGUCUGUUGUACAGCAAGUGGGUGAAAUCACGGAAGAUUAUGAGAACUUUAUUAGUACAUCAGCUGUACUUCAUUAUUGUAAACAUAAGAUACUGAGACCUUACCUGAGGUUACUGGGAGUGAUGGGAUUGAAACCAACUAGCAGUGAUGAUUCCGAUCAUUUUCUACGAUGUUCCAUUUUAGUGAAUCUUCAUACUGUUCAAGUUACUAUAUUUAUGUGUAUUGGAUAUAUUUUACAAUAUAUGGCUUGCUUCAGGUAAUUUAUUAUCCUAUUUUUACAUGUGUUAUAUAUCAUAAUAAUCAAGUGUA